AUGACUCUGACGAUGUCCGAUGACCACAGCCGGCGCCGCUUCGGUCCCUUGAGUUUUCAGCAUAUGCCUUCAUACUCUAGCCAGCCUCACUUCUCUGACCCUUGGAACUCGUCGUCGCCAACAGGACCGGCACCCCCAAGUGGAAGUCAACCGCACGGCCUCUAUACCAGCAACCAAGACAGCUCGGGACUUCCUCACCUGAACAUCAGCGCCAUCCCCAGGCAGCCGCCCAACUCUCAACACCCACCGCACUCGCAACAGGGCCAACACUCGAGCAGCUCCGGCCCAAGUACCUCGAUGGCGACAUACGGCUCCCUUCCGGUCACCGCGGCCUCGGGCAGCGGCAGCGCCCCUCUCUCAAGCGUCUACAGGCAACCUGACCUGCUUUCCCUGCCCUCAGAUCCCUACAACGUGAACGGGCUACGGCAGCCGACCAGUUCGGCGGCCUACGACACCACGACCUACGCGAGCACUGCUUCGCCCGUGAACCCCUCCUACCCAUCCACGUCGGCCUCGGGUUACGACCAACUCAGCUACACGCCCGCACAGAUGAGGGGGACGUUUGCUCUUGGGCCCGACGACAACGCCAGGAGAUAUUCACAGCAGCCUGUGCAACCUGACGAUCGGAGGAGCUUUCAAGAUGCGUUGGAGGCGAGCCACGGCAUGCUCUCCAUGAGCCAAGACACACCCCGAAACAUUUACGACGUGCGCAACCGUGCUCGGGGGUCAGGAGAUUCUUACGGUUUCCCCUCGACGCACUCUUCCACGUCUAGCAUGUCGUCCGCUGGCUUCAGCAACUACUAUGGAGGUUCUGUCGAUGGCUCUGUGAGCGACUACUCUGCGGCUGGGUCCGACAUCGAAUCAAUCUCGGGCCGAGCAUUGCCCCGGCCUCAAGGCCUCAUGUCGAACCAGCCACCCGCUCCGCAAUCAAUGAUGGGGUCCUUCAGCUCUCGGGUGUCGUCGAGCGCCCAGAAAAAGCACAAGUGCAAGGUCUGCGACAAGCGAUUCACCCGGCCUAGUUCCCUCCAGACGCAUAUGUACAGCCACACCGGCGAGAAACCGUUCGGGUGCGAGGUCGAUGGUUGCGGGCGUCGGUUCUCGGUUGUUUCAAACCUGAGGCGCCAUAAGAAGGUCCACAAGCGCGGGGGCGAGACACCUUCCGAUACGGGUUCCGAGACGCACGAGUCCCCGUAA